AUGCACAAUGCCAGUACCCUAUUGAGGAGCAGUUUUUUCAGUCCGAAGCUGAAGUCAUCCGUAGUUCGCAAUGCCUCAAAAGUUGCAUCACACAGUAAGCCGGUGCAAAGAUUAUGCCGUCCUGGUUAUACGGGUGUGAAAAACGUGAGAGUAUGCGGUCAUAGUUGCAGUUACGUGGGUGUUAAUAGACAGAUGGGAUUUGCGCGUUAUUAUUCAACGGCAAAGAAGGAUGAUCCCCCUGAGGAGGAAGCAGAAGUUAAGGACGAGACCCCGCUGUUUUCGAGCCAGUUGCCAGCGACUGUGGCUGUACCUGAGGUCUGGCCACAGGUGCCUGUCAUCGCGAUUAAUCGGAAUCCAGUUUUCCCAAGGUUUAUUAAACUUAUUGAAAUAUCCAACCCAGCUCUAAUAGAUCUAAUAAGACGGAAGGUCAAACUAAACCAACCGUACAUAGGGAUCUUCUUACGUAAGAAAGAUGACGAUAACAAGUCCGAUGUGGUAACAAACUUGGAUGACCUGCAUCAAGUUGGUGUGUUUGCGCAAAUACAUGAAAUGCAGGACAUGGAUUAUAAGUUAAGGCUGGUUGUGAUGGCACAUCGGAGGAUAAAGAUCACUGGACAAUUUAUAGAGGAUGAGAUAGAAAGUGGACCUGCUGAGACAGAUGCGGAACGACGCCGGCGCAAGUACAGAGUCACAAGGAAGAAGCAGGACUCUGAGGCUCAAGAAAAAGAAAAGACUGAGACUCCUAAAGAGAAGAAGGCAGCCGUGGACCAAGUGUUGAUGGUGAAAGUUGAAAAUAUGAUGCAUCAGAAAUUCCAGCAGACUGAAGAAGUGAAGGCGUUAACACAAGAAGUCAUUAAAACGAUUAGAGAUAUUAUUAAUUUGAAUCCUUUGUAUAGAGAGUCACUUCACCACAUGUUGGCACAAGGACAACGUGUAGUGGACAAUCCUGUGUACCUGAGCGACCUCGGCGCGGCGCUUACAGGUGCCGAAGCUGCGGAACUGCAAGCUGUGCUUGAGGAAAUGGAUAUUCCUAAGAGACUGAUGAUGUCACUAUCGCUGCUCAAGAAAGAGUACGAGUUGUCCAAACUCCAGCAAAAGAUUGGCAAGGAGGUGGAAGAGAAGGUCAAGCAACAGCACAGGAAAUACAUUUUGCAUGAACAGUUGAAGGUGAUAAAAAAAGAGUUAGGUCUCGAAAAGGACGAUAAAGACGCGAUUGGUGAUAAGUUCAAAGAGCGGCUGGCUAAUAAGAAAGUACCCCAAGCUAUUCAGACUGUCAUAGACGAGGAGCUAAACAAACUCAACUUUUUGGAGAGUCACAGUUCGGAGUUCAAUGUAACCCGCUGUUACCUCGACUGGUUAACCUCGCUUCCAUGGGGGAUAACAUCUGAAGAGAACUUGAAGCUGGAGGAUGCUCAAGUGAUUCUAGAUGAAGAUCACUAUGGUAUGGAGGAUAUAAAGAAGAGGAUCUUGGAGUUUAUUGCUGUGUCACAACUUAAGGGCUCUACCCAGGGUAAAAUAUUGUGCUUCCAUGGACCGCCUGGAGUGGGGAAAACUAGUAUAGCUCGAUCGAUCGCUCGCGCCCUCAACCGUCAAUACUUCCGCUUCUCCGUGGGUGGUAUGACUGACGUAGCGGAGAUCAAGGGACACAGGCGAACAUACGUUGGUGCCAUGCCGGGGAAGCUGGUGCAAUGCUUGAAGAAAACGGCUACAGAGAACCCAUUGGUGUUAAUAGAUGAAGUUGAUAAGAUUGGCAAGGGUGUCCACGGUGACCCAGCUUCGGCUUUACUGGAAUUGCUGGACCCGGAACAGAACUUCAACUUCUUGGAUCACUACAUGGACGUGCCGGUGGACCUAUCGAAAGUGCUAUUCAUAUGUACCGCUAACGUCAUAGAACAUAUACCGGAGCCUCUCAGAGAUCGAAUGGAACUUAUCGAUAUGUCUGGUUAUGUAGCCGAGGAGAAGUUAGCCAUCGCUCAACAGUACCUGGUGCCAACUGCUCGGAAAAACUGCGGACUGUCUGAAGAACAACUGGAUUUGACCUCGGAGUCCUUACAUACACUCAUCAAGUCAUACUGUCGAGAAAGUGGCGUCAGGAACCUACAGAAACAUAUCGAGAAGAUCGCUCGCAAAGUGGCAUUCAAAAUAGUGAAGCAAGAAACAGACAAGUUAAUAGUGACUGAUGGUAACUUGUCCGAACUUGUUGGCAAGCCCACGUUCAAACACGACCGCAUGUACGACAUCACUCCACCCGGAGUCAUCAUGGGACUUGCCUGGACUGCUAUGGGUGGUAGCACACUAUUCAUCGAGACGGCGGUCCGCAACAACGUGGUGGACGACAAGUCCCACGGCUCGCUGGAGCUGACGGGGCACCUCGGCGAUGUCAUGAAGGAGUCCGCCAAGAUCGCGCUCACGGUCGCCAGGAACUACAUCAACACUCACUUUCCUGACAAUAAAUUCCUUAAUAAUAGCCACAUCCACCUGCACGUGCCGGAGGGCGCGACGCCCAAGGACGGCCCGUCGGCGGGCGCGACGAUCGCGGCGGCGCUGGCGUCGCUGGCGCUGCGCCGGCCCGCGCGCCAGCACGUGGCCAUGACGGGCGAGCUCUCGCUCACCGGCCGCGUGCUGCCCGUCGGCGGCAUCAAGGAGAAGAUCAUUGCCGCGAAACGUGUUGGAGUAAACUGCGUAAUAUUACCUGAAGAAAACCGCCGGGACUUUGACGACCUGCCAUCUUUUAUCAAAGAAAAUAUGGACAUACAUUUCGUGACCAAAUUCGACGAAGUCUUCAAAAUCGUACUGGAAGGAGAACAGAUAACGGAUGAACAUCUACAAAGGACCAAGAAGAAGAAGAUGGAAGUGCAAGACAUCACACGCGCUGCAGCGAAUUAG